AUGACUAAAAUGGGUGGAAUCAGGCUCACAACCGCAAGAAUUACUCCCGAAAUCCUCCCGAGGUCUUCUUCGUCGGGGAAAAAGGUCGAUUACUGUUUUAUAAUCAAUGGUGCGUCCGCUUUCGACCAGCCGGCUAUGGAGGCGGCCAACAGGGCUGGCACAUGGAAGACACCGGCACAAAUCAUCGAGAAACUGCGGCGCAGAACGCCCGGAACAUCAAUCAAUCAUACCGACUUUGGCCCACUGAACAAAUGGCCCAUCGCCCUUAGCGUCGAAACGAAAAGACCCGGCGAGUCGGGCGAGAAGGCAGAGCUGCAGGUGGGGGUCUGGCAGGCCGCACAGUGGAGGUUGCUCGAAUGGCAACGGCAGGAACAAAAGCACAAACUGCAGAUUUCACGGCAUUCACAACAAUCACUGGCCGCUAUGGAUGUGGAAGACGAGAGAAUUGAAGGAGAGGCGAUGGUCCGGGUCAUGGGCCAGAAUAAUGCCGCAGUUACCGUAACCAGCCAGACCUCGAUACCUCCUAUCACACCUGAUUUAGCGUUUCUCCCGGCACUUAUAAUUGUCGGCCACGACUGGAAAUUCGCAGCCACGACUCGAGAGGAUUGCGAUGGCGGCCGGACAGUACUGUGGACGGAAUCUACGAUUGGUAGCACCAGCAAUCUGCUCGGCAUCUAUAGGAUUAUCUGGUGUGUCCGCCGGCUGGCAAGGUACGUAGAGGAAAGGCAUUGGCCGUGGUACUCUGAGCACAUUCUAGGCCUGCAUCUCGAGACAGAGUGA